AGAAAGUGGAAUCUGGGUACGGAAUAGAAAGAACAUCGAAAUAUAAAUAUAAACACAAGUAAUGAAAUUCAUCUGUUAUCUUGAUUAUAAUCUGAUAUUAGUAAGGAUUAUUGGGCAUCUUCAUCUAAUUAAUUUCUUGAAUUAAAAUUUAAAUAGCUCUUUAAAAUGAGAGCUAUUAGAAUAGAGAGGUUUGGUCCACCUAAAGUGUUGAUACUUAAAGACAUUGAAAAACCUGAAGUUACUCCUUAUAAAAUUUUAGUCAAAAUAAUAUCUGCAGGAGUGAAUCCUGUUGAUACCUAUAUCCGUGAAGGUUUUUACAUCAAUUUGCCUUCACUUCCUUUUACUCCUGGGAAAGAUGCUGCUGGAAUUGUUGAAUCAGUUGGUGAAUAUGUUACCAAAUUCAAGGCAGGGGACAGAGUUUUCAUCUGUGGUCGGAACUUGGAACAACAUGGGACAUAUGCUGAAUAUACAGUUGCACCUGAAUCAAAUGUCUUUCCUUUAGAUGAUAAAUUAAGUUUUGAUGAAGGUGCAGCCUUAGGGAUUGCUUACUUUACAGCCUAUCGAGCUUUAGUUAUAAAGGCAAAAUGUAAAGCAGGGGAAACUGUGUUAGUGCAUGGAGCUAGUGGGUCAGUUGGUCUUGCAGCUGUUCAGAUAGCUAAAAAGCUAGACCUAAAAGUAAUAGGCACAGCUGGAACCGAAGAUGGUUUAAAAUUAGUUAAAGAAUCUGGAGCUGACUAUGUUCUAAACCAUAAAGACAAAGACAACAUUGAAAGAAUAUAUGAAAUUACUCAUAAUAAUGGAGUAAACAUAAUCAUUGAAAUGCUGGCAAAUGUAAAUCUUGAUAAAGACCUCAAUUUUCUUGCUUCUAAAGGACGAGUUGCAAUUGUUGGUAAUCGCGGUGCCAUAAAAAUUGAUCCAAGAAAACUAAUGGGACCAGAAACAGAAAUAGUUGGCGUUGCACUGUUCAGCAGCUCUGAGGAAGAAUGGAAUGAAACAUCUCAAGCCGUUCUUGACGGGGUUAAAGAGGGUUGGGUGAAGCCUGUUAUUGAUAGACGUUAUUCGAUUGAUAACGUUCAACGUGCUCAUGAAGAUGUAAUGAGCUCUUCAGGUAAAAGAGGAAAACUAGUCCUCACCAUACAAGAUCCAUAAUUCCCUAGUCAUGAUUAUCCAAAUAUUUUUGUUACAAAUAUUUUUAUGAACUUUUGUAUGGCAUGUCAUUAAAGUUUCCAAAGUCUUUUGUAUGAUGAAACAGAAUUUCUGCACUAUAAGAAAUAUUACUGUUUCUGAAUUUUUUACUGUGUUGUUUUCGUCAAUUCUCGGUGGCUAUUUAUAAUUGUUAACAUUAUUUUACACUGUUGCUGUGAUUGUAUAUUAAAUUUUUUAAUUGUUUAUAGCAAAUUCAAUUUGAAGUUAUUGACUGAAUUGAGUUUGACUUGGAUUAGGUGCCUCUUUUUUUUCUCCUUUCAUGUUAAAUAGAACUCAGCAUCAACAUUAGGGUACAAUCUGCAGCAAUCAUCCUUAAGAAAGGGCUUUAAUAUCUUCUGUAUGUAAUACUCAGAAUUUAUUUUGGCCCCAGGUUUCACAAACCGAGGUUUGGUCACCCCAUGGGCGGAUAUGCCCAUCCAAAUCAUUACGCCUUUGGGAUGAGGCACCGUGGUUGAGGGUGUCAAGUCUCGCCUGUUCUGCCCAUGGCUAAGAUAUUGAACUUAAGAUUUAGCAUUGGUAUCAGAUAGAUAGAUGCAAGCUUCAUCAGUUGUAAUGAACUUUAACUAUCUGUCCUUAUGGAGAAGCUUGUAGAGGGGCCAUGAACGUUGCCUCCUAAUCUGCACCAAUCUCUCAACUUCUCUGAGACAAAUUUUGUACUUCUUUCAUAAAUAUAUUGUGCUAUUAUGUAACUUGUCAAUAUUAUCAUGUAAUUUUUUGAGUUAGUGUGUCCCUAAAAUCAUGCAAUGAGAAAUUGUGAUUAAAAACACAAGUAUUUAAUUUUAAAUUUUUAGUUUUUUAUUAGUUUGUAUGUGAAGUUCACAUUAUAGGAUUAUUUGCAGAAUUGGGUAAAAUUAAAAACCCUCCAGGACUUUGCUGACACAUACAAAUGCUUUUGCCAAAGUUUGUAAUGAUCGUUUCACAUAAAUGUGAUUAAACUAUUUUGAUGACACUUUCAGCGCAAGAGAUGAGUAGCUGUGGAUAAAUAGGUAGGUUAAAGACGUAGAUUUUAAAAUUUGUUAUUAUUGUUCUAUGCUGUUUAAUGGCAUAAUCUGGGCAGCCAGUUCUGAUAAAAAAAAUAAACAAUUACAUGUCCAAAGAAUAUCUCUACAUUGUCGAACAAUGAAAAUGUGCUGUACUUUUGUAUAGUUCUAAUUUUUAACUUUUCUCAGCUGUGUUUGUCUUUUAUAUUAUUUUUGCUUUGUUACAUUUUAUUACUCAAAUAACCAAAGAUUUAAAUCUUGCAUGAAUUUUGAGAUAUCAUUUCCUAUUAUGCACUUUAUACAAUAGAAACAAACCCUCUUGCAUGUUAAUGCUGAUUAAAGUGGCUUUAUACAUUUUACAAAGAAAUCAGGUUUCUCCCUUAACUUUUUUUUCCCUUCAAAAUUCAAUCACCUCUACUGCUUUUUAAUAAUAUACUCUAAAACAGGGAUGGCUAACCGAUGGCACGUGACACAAUAUUCUGGGCACACCACCGAUCACAAAGUUCAUUAUAAAUCAUAUUAACAAUUAAAUUGAAAUUCACAAAAAAUAAACAAAAAAAUUUACAAUUAAUUCCAAAAAACAAUUAAUAACCAUAAAAAACAAGCCAACAAUAAUUAACUAGCAAAAAAAAAUUCAAAGUCCUGCUAAAACUAACAUCUUACAACCUAAUAUAAGUUAUUUGUCAUCUAAUCUGCAACAACAGAAGUCACUCUGAUGUUACUUUAAGUUGAAUUACGUGUAUAACUGAGAGAUUGCAAAAUGUUUUUUUUCAUAGUAAAUAAAGAGUUUUGAGUUGAUAGUAUUUAGUAUUAUUAUUUUCCCAAUAAUCACGAAGUCAAAAUUAUUUGACGGCACGUCUAUGAACUCCGCGUCUCAAUUUUUUGAAAAAAUGGCACGUUGGUGCAUAAAGGUUUGCCAUCCCUGCUCUAAAACUUCAUUUAUAUUAGUCAUCAUUCAAAAAUAAUAGUGUGAGUUAAGGUAUGUUCUUAAUUUCAAAUUAAGUAUGAAUUCAAUUUGAAUAAAAUUUUGAACUCUUUUAUUUAUUUGUUUGAAAAUCUCCUAAUCAUUAGUUCUGUAACUGAAUUUAAUUAAGUUAGGCAUAUUUAUAUGAUCAACCAAUCAUUAUAUUUUGAACAGAAUAUGAACAGUUUUUAUGCAUUAUUUAGCAAAGCAAAGAUUUUUUGCAAAGUUCAUUUUAGAACUCAAAACUUUAAAAAAGAUUAAAUUAACAAUGUGUAAGUGAUGAUUCUAUAGAUUUUGAACUUUUUAUGUUUAUUUAUUUUGAAAAUCAUCUGUAAAGACUAUAAAAUUAAGAAAACUAUUAAUUUAAUUAAAUUGAAGUGAAUGAAAUUAUAUUCUUAUGCUUUAUUGAAAAAUUGGUUUCCUGUGGUUUCAUAUUUUGAGAAUAUUUUUCAUUUUAAUUAAUAUAUAAUAAAAUUAAUCUAGAGUCUAAAAUUUUUUUCUAUUUUUUUUUAAUAUCUAUGUACAUAUAAAUGUGUCAAUAUACAUCAAUGAUUUAUGUUGAACAAAAAUAAUAUUAUAUUUAUAAAAAUCUUAUGUAAUUUAAUUUAAAAUUUUUUUUUUCUUUUUUUUUUUGUUUACCAAUGUUUUCUACUAUAAUUUUAAGCUUGUUUUUUAUUGUAUGCAACAAUUAAAGGACAACAAUUGAUUAGAUAAAUCAAUAACAAAAUUUAUUGAAAAUUCUUUUCUAUACAACAAUAUCCAAACAAAAUUUAAAUCAAGCAAAUAAAUCCAAACAAUCAAAUAUUGAUAUAUAAACAUAUAAAAUGAGAUUUGACUAAAAUCAUUUAUGAUGAUUAUUCCUUAAAAUUCGUACAUACAUAUCUUUAUAAUGUGUAAUAGAUAAUAUGAAAAAAGAAAAGAAAAAAAAAGGUGAUGAUGACAUGUUCAUUAAUGUAACAUUUAUAGCUUGCAUUUUAAAACAGAAAUUCAAUGAAAAACUGGGUGAGUUUUUUUUAGUUCAAAGUUAAAUUUUUGUUAUCAAUUUAAUAAUUUAAAAUUGUGAAAUUAAUAUUUAGUAUGUAAACUUUUUAUGUACUUUGCAACAUACAAAUCUUUUUAUUAUUGUUAUACUAAAGUAGUUAGAUAUUCAGAUUAAAUCUGUUAUGUUGAAAAACUUUCAUGAGGCUAACAUUCAAGAACACAAGCUUUUUUGUGAUAUUUAAGACUUAGAAGCAAAAAGUAUUUGUACAUGUGUAUUAUUAAAUUUAACAUCGAACAUAAAAACUUAAAUGCGAACAUAAAAACAAAAAAACUUUAACAUGGUGUAGUUAUAAAAAACUUUAAACCAGUAUGUGUACAUGUUUUUUAAAUAUUUGAUAAACAUAUUUUUCAUUUAUUUUUUUACGAAAUAUGUAUUUUUUUUAAUGAAUUUUAUUAAUCGAUGUGCUUUGGAGCUAAGUUUUAAAGUCAAAAUUGAAAAAGUUGAGAAACAAGUUAAGUGUAAGUGAUAAAUAAUUACUUUUUUAACUUGCAUCUGUUUAUAAAUAUAACUAAUCAGACUGAAAAUAUAAAGAUGUAUUAAGUUGUUCAUGUUGUCAGUAUCAAUUGCUGUAUUUCAAAUGAAAUUAUUAUAAGUGAUUUUAGAUAUGAAUGCUUCAUGAUAUUUAUAUAUGAAUGCAAAUUUUAUUAUAAAUGCCUUCACCCCUUCCAUUAAAAUGCGAAAUACCGUAGCUCCUGAAAUAGAUAUAAGAAUAUUCCUAUGUACAAUUAUAUGUCAUGAUCUUUUUUUGUUUUUGAUUAAUUUGCCAGUUCGUUGUGAAAAACCCAUGAUGAAUGUCAUGAUAUUAUGGUCAUAAUUAUCUUAUCCAGUAGCAUUAUUAUGUUUCAUAAUUCUAACUAUCUUAAGUUGUGAUGUGUAUAUAUGUGUGUAUAUGUAAUGUUUUGUAUAUUGUGCCAUUUAAAAAUAAUUGUAUAAAUUUAAAUUUGCCAGUUAAUUCUUGUGAAAAACCCAUGAUAUAAUUUUUUUUUUGCCAAGCACUCUUUUUAUAUUCCAUUACUUUUUAACAAACUAUUUUAACGUGUAUCAAGUGUUGGUGCAUAUAUAUAUGUGUUUGUGUAUAAGUAAUGUUUUUUUAUUUUGCGCCAUUUAAACAUUAUGUAUAAAUUAAAAUAAAUGUGAGGUGGUAAAAUUACCGCUUUUCUAUCAUUUUUAAUGCUAACUGAAACUAUCCUUGAAAAUGGUGUGUUCUCUAGGAUUUACUUUUUUUGCCUAAAACUAUAUAACAUUUUGUAAAUAAAAGUUUUUAUCUUUA